GCAAAGAAGCGAACGAUCGAUUAUCUGAAGGAAGGGAUGGCUUUCUUAAGAACAUGCAAGCGCCAAUUCGUAUCAAGUCGAUCAUCACCAUCUAUGCCACUGUCUACCACCUCAUCUGCCCGUGAAUUAAGAAGCCCGCCGCCAGAAAACAGCAUUCCAGAAACAUCAUCUCACCUGCAAACCAUCCCACCUGAACAACCAUCAUCAAUCAACGAUUCCGCAGCCACCGACGAGAGCAGCAAAAAUUGGCAGUAUAUUGAGGGUUACAUAGAACAAAUUGGCGACGACAGGAUGAAUUGGCAAGCUUGCUAUCGUGAUGGCCGCCGCAAAGGUUAUUUCAAAAAUUACUCCACACAUGCUAGUCUCAAGAAUGCAUACAGUCGUUGGAAAAAAAAAAAUGGACAAUAAAUACAGUGUUGAAUUCAAAAUAAAAAGUUAACAGGAAACUGUAAUAAUUGGC